UUUCUCUUUUUUAUAUAGUAAGACCCUCCUCUUACUAUUGGUCAAUGUUCUCACACGUUCCUGCCAUCGGUCGACAGGGCGGCCGCAUCGGGUGACCAAAGCCAAGUGUCUCGACAUUCAAGUGAACGCGCGUACGCGGAGGGGGCGCUUUGGGCACUUCGUUUUGCGCUUUGGGUAUUGCGAGCCUGUAAAGGUAGUAAAACCACAAAGAUCAACUCGUUUCCUACUGCGAGGGGUUUACGGGUCGGCGGUGUGACUUUCUUUCCAAGGGAACCACAAGGAUCCACAUAAACAUGUUAUUUGAACUACGUGGCUUGAGUUGGUCGACCAACAAAAGAACAAAUACUAAUACCAAUGUAUAGUGAAACUGGAAAGGAUACUAGCAACAAUUGGAAUACCUACUAGUCAGAAGUGAACUGUUAAUAGCUGCUGAACCACAGAUCCCAAAAUAAUUUUGUGAAUGUUGUCCAUUUUAAUAUGUAUCAUAUGCUGCAUUCACUCCGGGAAAAGUCAGACUUGUACAGAUGGAUUUACUUAUGACCGCCGUGCCAGACAGUGUAUCGACAUUGAUGAGUGCCGGACACUGCCAGACCCGUGUCGGGGUGACAUGCAGUGUGUAAAUCAGAACGGUGGAUACCUGUGCAUCCCCCGCGGACUCUACUCCCAAUCCUAUGCCCGGAACAGUCCACGUUCCUAUCCUGAGCCUUCCUAUCCUGAAGAGUCCUACCCUGACAGAUCAUUGGGAUAUUCAGAACCAUUCAUUCCUAACGUUCCCCCUGUUGGAGCAGGUCCUGGUCCAGGCCCCGGUCCAAGCUACCCAAUAGUGAGCCGGUCCACUCCCUGCAUCCUUGGAUAUACACUUGGUGCCGAUGGCACUUGUAUUGAUGUUGACGAAUGUGAGGCAGAGUCACACCAGUGUAACCCGACUCAGGUGUGUAUAAAUACAGCCGGUGGAUAUACCUGCUCAUGUACUGAGGGCUACUGGCUGGUGGGUGGACAGUGCCAAGACGUUGAUGAGUGUCGCUAUGGUUACUGCCAGCAGCUGUGCGCUAAUGUCCCUGGCUCAUAUUCCUGCUCCUGUAGCCCUGGAUUCCUUCUUAAUGCUGAUAGCAGGACAUGCCAAGAUGUGGACGAGUGUGAGACAAACCCAUGCUCUCACGGCUGUUUGAACACAUACGGCUCAUUCAUGUGCACCUGUGAUGAGGGCUUCGAGCUCGCCUCUGAUGGGACCACCUGCAAUGAUCUGGACGAGUGCAGUUUCUCAGACUUCCUUUGUCAGCACACGUGUGUGAACACGCCAGGAUCAUUCUCCUGCAUUUGUCCGCCUGGAUAUUACGUGUAUGAGGAUGGAAGGAGCUGUGAAGACCUCAAUGAAUGUGAGUCUGGUAACAACACCUGUACAACAGCACAAGUGUGUUUCAAUUUCCAGGGAGGUUACACAUGUCUAGACCCUCUUAGAUGUAAUCCACCUUACAUAGAGCUCAGUGACAAUCAGUGCAUGUGCUCUGCGGAGAAUCCCGCUUGUCGGGAACAACCCUUCACUAUUCUGUACAGACAUAUGGAUUUGUCUUCUGGCCGCAGUGUUCCUGCUGAUAUAUUUCAAAUGCAGGCCACCACACGUUACCCUGGAGCAUUUUACAUCUUUCAGAUCAAGUCUGGCAACGAGGGGCGAGAGUUUUACAUGCGGCAAACCAGUAAUAUCAGUGCAACUUUGGUUCUGGCCCGGCCCAUUAAAGGACCGAAGACUAUCGUUCUAGAUCUAGAGAUGGUUACGGUUAACAACGUCAUCAACUUCCGUGGCAGUUCAAUAAUCCGCCUCACAGUAUUUGUCUCUGAACAUCCAUUCUGAGGCUUUAUAAAUGAACCUCUGACCUCUCACCUCUUCAUGGCCCCAUACCUCUAUCUUGGACUUCCUGUUACUGCACUACCCGUCAGGCAGCUGCAUUUCCUCAUUUUGUUUGUUCUGUGGAUCUGGACUCUCAUGUGGUCUUCACCGUCUCUGUCUGCUCUGUAGUGGGCUGAGCUUGUGCUGAUGUUUGAUAUUUCAUAAUGCAGGUUUUUCAUUAGGCUGCCUGGCUGUCAUUGUCAUCUGCAGCCACACACA